UUUUAUCUGUAACCUGUAAGAGCAAUGUGUCAUUCAGGUGAGCUUUCUUUCAGUUUGCAAAUGUCCAGAGAAUCCUUACAUGAGUUGCGGAUCUAUCUAAUGUAGGGGUUGUUUUGAUAGCACUCAUCUUUGUAGUUUCUAAGCAAUAUUAUAGCAGUAAAAUUGAAGGCACAAAUAUUAAUUUAAAAACCCUUUCAUUCUCAUGAUGAAAGGCUUUACAAUGUGUGUUUCAAUGAGAUACUAAAAUUUCACUUACCAGGUUAGUUUUAAAUCUCACUCUGUCAUGCCUUAAUAGCCCUGAGGCUAACGUGCGAUGCACAGUCCUCCUAUUUGUCAUUGCAAACACCCCUAGUUUGGACUUGUUAAUUAUUAUAGUCCGAUUGAAUUGUAUGGUUGUAGUGCAGACAGUAAUGUGAAGAAAUGUCGUUGAUUGGCUGUUGUUGCAUUUGGAGAUCAUGAUGUUUGUUUAAUGGGAACUAAAAGACACGUUCAGGAAUAAUAAGUAAUGAUAAUGAGGUCUGGGUUUUCCUUGCCCCCCAGGUGUCAGGAUGCAACCCAGCCACCUCAGGUCUGUUUCUCUGAUCAGCGUCAUCAAGCCGCUGACUUGUUGCAGGAUAAUAAGUAUCAACAUUCCAAAGCUGCUGGAACAGCCUAAAAUCUCUUCCUCGGCGGGGGGGGGUCGUCUAUCGCUUACUAAUCAUUCACCCCAGACCACCAUCUCGGGAGCAUGAUUCGUCACCCUCCAGGAGAGCAGUGAGAUUAUUCCAGCUUUUCUAAUGCACACCCUUGUAUUGGGCUCCCAGCAAAGGUACUGAACUGGGCCCUGCCCCCUCUGCUCCCCCCGUCUGCUGCAGAGAGAGUGGCAUCUCCCAGUAUGCCUUGUGUUUGCGGAAGGGACUCACAGUCACCACUGGGUGGAGCCCUGCAGGUGUCUGUGGGGCUGCGGCUGAGGAGGAGGCUGGGGAGGGUGCAGCAUGACUGGGAAAGAGCCGCUGCUGGGGACCCUGAAAGCGUGCAUCCUAGCCAUCAAGGAGGGGAGCAGCCCAUGCACUGACGCCUCCCCGCACCUAGCCCCCUUCUGCGAGAUCUUGGAAACGAUCCUUCGAAAAGGAAUUAAACAGCCGGUGCUGGGCUUCAAGAGACGAGAUUAUUGGCACUGGUUAGAGCAGCUUCCUCAGCAGGAUACCUGCAGUGGGGUGACCCCCUUGUCAAUCAUGGUAGAGAAAGCCAGUUCCUGUGAGAAGGUGCUGACAGCGCAGGGACGAGGGCGGUACUUCCUGCGCCUAGCUUUAAAUCAGAAGUUACUAGCUACUGCCAUUCAACAGCUGGCUCGGAAUCCAAAACUGCUGGAGUGUUACGAUCCUCUGGUCUCAGUGCUGGGAAAUGAAGAUUUCAUGGAGCCGUUCCUCUCACUGAUGCUGGUGGUGUCAGAGAUGAAUUUCUCCCUGGAUCUGCAGAAUUCCAGUUUCUUGGAUGAAAGUUGGCUGCUGCCGGUGUGCAUGACUUAUGAGACUGUACCCUGCAGAGAACUGGGGAUGGUGCUCAGGUACUUGGACGGUCGGAUCUUCGUCAUCGAGGUGCUUCCCGAGAGCCAGGCAGAGGUGGAUGAGGUGGUGCUGGCUGGAGACGUCAUUGACGAGAUCAGUGGCUUUUCCCUGAGAAAUGCACGCAACGGACAGGCAGGGACUGUGCUGCAGAAGCUGAAGGGCAAGCCCCUGAGCUUCCGCAUGAUCCGGUGGAAGUGGCACGACGGAGGGAUGUACAAGCCGCUGCUACCCUACCUGAACGUGCUGAGGGAGAAGGUCCCCAGCUUCCAGCUCCAACAGGAGCACAGACACAAAGAGGAGAAGGAGGAGCGGUGCCUGCAGGGGGGCAGGCUACUGUACAACCUGCGGUACCUGGGCCAGGCCAAUGUCGGAAAGUACGGUGGCAAAGAGGUGCUGGACGAAGGCAUACCCAAGGUGUUAGAGCAGCACCUGUGCCCACAGGAAGUUUUAUUUGACGUGAAAGAAACUGAAGUCUUCAUACAAGAGAAAACCUCUUCCAAGGUUCUGUUCCAAUACCCCUAUCCAGAGAUCUCCUGUGUGGGUCGCCGUCUGGACAGCAACCAUCUUUUUGCCUUUUGCGUUGCGGUUUCACCAGGGACUCCUGAACACAGUACCUUUGACUGUCUGGUGUUUGAAUCAAAUUCUGAGAAUGAAUGUGAAGAAAUUAUCAAGAGAAUUGCUGCUGGAUUUAAACACACUGAAUGGUUUGUCUGAUGAGAAGGGGGAGUGAUGGCUCUAGCUCUGAGCAUUCUCCAGGCACUCCAGUGACCCACAUAUGGAGCCCUGGUGACAAUUCCAUCCUAUUUUCAAAUGCUGACCUUGACAACGGAUUAAGAGGCUGUCUUCACUUGUAAUAUGAACUGAAUUUAGGAUUUUAUUUUUAAAGUGUCAGAAUUUUGGAAGGAAGUGUUUCAAAUGCAGUCUGUUCUAAGGUAUCAGUCUGAAGGCCAAGGCUAACUUACUGCCCAGUCUCAACAUCAUAAGCUGUUUAAUUAAAAAAAAACAAAAAAAAAAACACAAUCCCCCUGGAGUUUCACUAAAAGCUUUUAAAUUUCUGUGGAAUAAAACAUGGGAAUAACAUAGCUGUUCCCAGUGUCAAUUUUUCCAUGCUUGACUUUAGUAUGGAUGCAAGUGCUUGUAUAACAGCCAAA